AUGGAAUCAAAUUUUGAAAAUAAAAAGAUGUAUCGUAAAUCUCUCAGCAGGCCUGAACGUAAUCAAGUAGCACCACCUUUGUUGACAGGAAAAACAUCAGCUAAUAAUUCUUCCAUAACUUGUUGGAUUUUAUUUUCAAAAAUAGUCACUUUCUGGGCACCCGGUCCUUUAUUAUCUUCAAUAGGCGGACUUAAUGAUAGACAAUCUAAGCAAGCUUGGCGCGAAAAAAUAACUUUAUGUUUUAUUGCAUUACUUUUAGGCUCUAUAGCUGCAUUUUUAACUAUGGGAUUUCAAAGAGUAUUAUGUCCUUUAGUUGAUAAUGAUAAUCCAACAAAAUUUAAACCUUAUUUAGGAUCUCCAGGACAUCUUGGAGUUUUAGGAUUUCAAUAUAACAUAGAAAAAACAAAAAUAGAUCCUAAAAAAGGCGGCGUAAAUUUUUAUAAAUUAGCAACUGAUAAAAGUGGUCAAGAUAUCACAAAUCUUUUUCAACGAAAUAAUGGCUUAAUUAAUGAAUGUCAAAUUAAUGAAAUACAAAAAUUUGCUGCUGUUAGAUCUCCACUUUGUCAACAAAAUUCAUGUGUUCUACCAUUCACUAUAAGUAAUCAAUCUUUAACUGACUUAGGGUUUGUUAAUACUCAAACGAGGGUUGGAUAUGAUUGGGAUCAUUUACCAGGUUUAGAUAAUUACAUUGUCAUUGAUGGAAAUGUUUUAAACCUUAACCCCUAUAUACAAUAUCAAAAACCUUUAUCAGAUGAUCAAUUAGAUGUUAUUAUACGGAAAGUCUUAAGUCCAGUUUAUGCAAAAAAUGGUAAAGAUGCUACUCGUUUGUUUUUUAGUAAACCAGAUCUGAAAGCUUCUGUGAAUUGUCUUGUCAAAAAAUAUUAUGCUGGAAGCAUUGAUAAAGAAACAAUCGGUUGUUUUACUUCUAGAUUACUUUUAUAUAUUGCGUUGGUUGUAGUUUUAGGAAUAGUUUUGACAAGAUUUACUAUGGCUUGUAUUUUCAGCUGGUUCAUUUCCCCUCGUUUGGCUCAUCAACCAAAAAACUCAAAAAAAUAUUCUUCUGAAAAUAUCUUUGUUAGUCCUCCAUUCUCACCAUAUUUAAGUACCCUUAAAUAUCCUGGCAAAACUAGAAGCUUCAUGACAUCAGAUGAUGUAGGAAAUGAUUUAUUCACUGUAUUACUUGUAACAUGUUAUUCUGAAGGUGAAGCUGGAAUUCGAACUACUUGUGAAUCAAUGGCUGCAACUGAUUAUCCUGAUGACAGAAAACUGUUGUUUCUAAUUUGUGAUGGUAUUAUCACUGGUAGCGGUAAUGAUCGUAGUACACCAGAUGUUUGUGUUGGUUUAAUGGAACUAGAUACUGAAUUUAAAAAUCCUCAACCAAUGAGUUAUAAGGCAGUGGCUGAUGGCUCUAGACAACAUAACAUGGCUAAAGUUUAUGCAGGACAUUUUAUACUAGAAAAUCAUUGCGUACCAAUGAUCGUAGUUGUAAAAUGCGGUAAUUCUAAAGAACAAGGAAGACCGAAACCUGGAAAUCGCGGGAAAAGAGAUUCUCAAUUAAUAUUAAUGAAUUUCUUUAGCCGAGUCACUUAUAAUGAUCGUAUGACUGAAUUAGAUUAUGAUUUAUUCAGGAAAAUCCAUUAUCUUAUGGGUGUUACACCUGAUUUUUUUGAAAUCGUAUUAAUGGUAGACGCUGAUACAAAAGUAUAUCCUAAUUCAUUACAAUUACUAAUCAAUUGUAUGUGUAAUGAUCCGCUUAUUAUGGGUGUUUGUGGAGAAACAAAAAUUGCAAACAAACGCGAUUCAUGGGUUACUUCAAUACAAGUAUUUGAAUAUUACAUAUCACAUCAUUUAGGUAAAGGAUUUGAAUCAGUUUUUGGUGGUGUUACAUGUUUACCAGGAUGCUUUAGUAUGUAUAGACUCAAAUCCAGAAAAGGGAAGACCGAUUGGGUACCAAUCAUUACUAAACCUGAAAUAGUUAAAGAAUAUUCACAGAAUGAGGUUGAAACAUUACAUCAAAAAAAUUUAUUAUUACUUGGAGAAGAUCGAUUCCUGACCACCUUGAUGUUACGAAAUUUCCCUACUCGUAAAAUGAUAUUUUGUCCAAAAGCUGUUUGUAAAACAACUGUUCCCAGUGAAUUCAAAGUUCUUUUGUCACAACGUCGUCGUUGGAUUAAUUCAACAAUUCACAAUUUGAUGGAACUUGUAUUAGUUCGAAAUCUUUGUGGAACAUUUUGUUUUUCUAUGCAGUUUGUUGUUUUUAUGGAAUUGAUAGGCACAGUGGUAUUACCCAUAGCAAUUUUAUUGACCUAUGCGUUGAUCAUAUCAAUGAUUAUAAGACCACCACAACAAUUUGAUGAUAUGAUUCCUUUAAUCAUGUUAGGAAUGUUACUUGGUUUACCGGCCAUUUUAAUUUUAAUCACUACAAGAAAACUUGUUUAUAUCGGCUGGAUGUUUGUUUAUAUAUUUGCUUUACCUAUAUGGAGUUUUAUAUUACCAUCAUAUGCUUAUUGGCAUUUUGAUGAUUUCUCUUGGGGUGAAACAAGGAAAGUUGAAGGCGAAGAGAAGUCAGAAGAUCAUAGCAAGAAAGAAGGUGAAUUUAAUGCAAAUAAUAUUCCUUUGAAAAAGUGGGAAGAUUGGGAAAGACCAAUAUUGCAUAAAACGAAACAAAGAGAAAAACAAAAUAUGCUAGAAAAACAACAGCAAAAAUUGUAUAUAACAACAUCAGUAAAAUUUCCAUCUCCAAAAAUCAAUGAAAAUGGGACUAUAAGUUCUAAUUAUUCACAAAAAACACAAGAAUUUACUCCACAACAGCAUCAAGCGCAUCACUACAAUAACUACCAGCAGCACCAAGCGAACAAAAAAUCGAAAAAAUCACAAGAUCUUGGUUACGAGCAGCCACAAGAUUCGUUUUAUGGCCAGGAACAAGGUUCUGCUUAUCAACAACCUGGAAUAGAUUUAUAUCAGCAACCACAAAAUACUUAUUAUGAGCAGCCAUCACUAUCAAGUAACUUUGAGCAAUUAGGAAGUCAAUUUGAAGAAUCAAAGAAUAAUUUUUUUAGCAAAGUCAAGUCAUCUUUUAAAUAA